GAAGGCGCGUCCCCAGACCCCGUGUCCGGGAAGGAAAACCGGGCGGCGGGGCCACCUUGGGAAGGAAAGGAGUCGCGAGCCAAGACCUUGACCCAAGAGAAGACGGAGGGCGCGGAACGACCAGACCAGGAUUGACACCGAGAGGAGUGCUGCUAGCAAACCCGACGCAGCGGAGCAGGCCGGGGCGUAGCCCCGGGAAUGCGCGCCGGCCCGUCUAGUUUGCCAGUGCGCGCUUCCUGGAGGAGGAAUAGGAGGGUUUACCGCGGGAGCAACCAGGACCAGGGGAGAGGGCGGGGCAGCCGGCGGGCAGGGCCUGGCGGAGGCCCCCUACCGAGAGGAGGGGGCGGGGGCCGGCCGCGAGCUUAAAGCCGACGCCGGGGAAGCCCUCCCCCGCCCUGCUGCAGUGCCACCACUCCACCGGUUCCCGGGCCCGUCAAGCUUCUCCCCAGACCGCCCGGCCCCUAAUGCUGAGACGUCUGGGCUUGCGCCCGGACCCGAAGGAUCCUGGUCUACACACUCUGCCUAACUCGCCGCGGGCUCCCGGGAGCAGCCCGCCCGGGGCUGAGGAGCGCGGGUGAGAGCGCAGGGCGGUAUUCCGCCCUUGGUGACACGGCCUCCUGCGCGGGGGCGAGGCCUCUGAGCGGCAUUAGGACCCAGGUGCGGCGCGGGGGUGUGUCGCCGGAUCCCGCCGCCCGCACGCCUAGUUUGGGGGUCCCCCAGCCUGAGGCAAGGAGCCCGGGCGUGCGCGCGCGUCGGCAGCGGUCCGGUGGCCGAUCGCCUAGGCCACGGCCGCGGCCUCCAGGUGUGUGUUCCACCUCCAGCCGUGCGGUGGGUGCCUGCGGCGGGAAGGCCGCCCGGUCUCCGCGGCAAAGUCGUGCGAGGGCCGGGACGCGAAGCCGUCGGAGCACUGCACCGCAUAAACAGCCAGGACCAUCCGGGGCCCCGCACGCGGCGCGAGGAGAGUGCACUUGCCCCCACCCCAUCCCGUCUUCCUUGAGGACCAACGGCUCCGCCUCUCACAAACUCUGUCAUGUCGCAGAACGGAUACCUUGAAGAUUCAGGCUACCUCAAGUGUGACACAGAUGAUGCCUCUGAAACCCGUGAGGAGAGCCUGGGGGAUGAGGCCUUCGACACGGUCAACUCCUCCAUUGUGUCUGGCGAGAGCAUCCGUGUUUUUGUCAACGUCAACCUCGAGGUGCAGCCCGCCCAGGCUGCGGAAAGUGAGUCAUCAGGUGGCUGCGGGCUCCUACAUACCUCCCGAAAGUACCUGAAGUUAAAGAAUUUUGAGGAAGAGAUCCGAGCACACAGGGACCUAGAUGGCUUCCUGGCACGGGCCAGAAUCAUCCUGAAUGAGACGGCCCCCUCCCUGGAUGACGUGCUGCGGGCCAUGCUGUGCCGCUUAGCCCAUGACCCCUACAACAUUGAGCCAGACUGCAACCUAGACCUGCUCAUGGCCAUGCUCUUCACUGAUGCCGGGGCCCCCAAGGAAGGUAAAGUCCACCUGCUGUCAGAUACCAUCCAAGGGGUCACUGCCACGGCCACAGGGGUGCAAUACCAGCAGUCGUGGCUCUGUAUCAUCUGUACCUCCAAGGCCUUGCUGAAGCGGCACGUGUGCAUCAGCCGCCUGGUGCGCCCACAGAACUGGGGGGAGAAUUCCUGUGAGGUGCGGUUCGUCAUCCUGGUGCUCACCCCCCCCAAGAUGAAAAGCACCAAGACUGCAACAGAGGUAGCGCGUACAUUCGCCACCAUGUUCUUGGACAUCACCUUCCGCCAGAAGCUUCUGAAGACUCGCACAGAGGAAGAAUUCAAGGAGGCCCUGGUACAUCAGAGACAACUGCUCACCAUGGUGAGCCAUCAUCUGACCCCCAGCAUGAAGGGCUACGCCAUGAGCUCCGUCUGCAUCCACAGACACCUGCAGCCCCUGCGACACAAGGACUUUCUCCCUGUGGGGAAGGGCAUCCGGGAGGACAUUGCCCGCAGGUUCCCCGUGUAUGCGUUGGACUUCACUGAUGGCAUUAUUGGGAAAAACAAGGCUGUGGGCAAAUAUAUCACCACCACUCUGUUCCUCUACUUCGCCUGCCUCCUGCCCACAAUCGCUUUUGGGUCCCUCAACGAUGAGAACACGAACGGGGCCAUCGAUGUGCAGAAGACCAUAGCGGGGCAGAGCAUCGGAGGCCUCCUGUACGCGCUCUUCUCUGGGCAGCCGCUGGUGGUGCUGCUGACAACGGCGCCUCUGGCCCUCUACAUCCACGUGAUCCGUGGCAUCUGUGAUGACUAUGAUCUCGACUUCAACACCUUCUAUGCGUGGACGGGCCUAUGGAACAGUUUCUUCCUUGCGCUUUAUGCCCUCUUCAAUCUCAGCCUGGUCAUGAGUGUCUUCAAGAGGUCAACAGAGGAAAUCAUUGCCCUGUUCAUUUCCAUCACAUUCGUGCUGGAUGCUGUCAAGGGCAUGGUCAAAAUAUUCCAGAAGUACUACUAUGGCCACAACUUUGGGAAACUCUACAUGGACAGCACUUCCAUGGUGAGCCAGCUGGGCCUGAACACCAGCCUCCACACUGCCCUCAACACCAGCUUCCUGACCAGCACACCAGAGCUGACCUCUGUGGGCAGCCGUGCCUCUGAGCACCCAGGCCGGGAGACUGCCGUGCUCAGCCUCCUCAUCAUGCUGGGCACACUCUGGCUGAGCUACACCCUCUACCAGUUCAAGAAGAGCCCCUACCUGCACCCCCACAUGCGUGAGAUCCUGUCAGACUGUGCCUUGCCCAUCUCGGUGCUCACCUUCUCUCUCAUCUGCUCCUAUGGCUUCCAGGAAAUUAAGAUGAGCAAGUUCAGCUACAACCCCAGCGAGAGCCUGUUUGAGCUAGCCGAGAUGCACUCGCUGUCCCUAGCGGCCAUCGGCGGUGCCAUGGGCCUUGGCUUCCUGCUAUCCAUGCUCUUCUUCAUCGAGCAGAACCUGGUGGCUGCCUUGACCAAUGCUCCGGAGAACAGGCUGGUGAAGGGCACUGCCUACCAUUGGGACCUCCUGCUCAUUGCCAUCAUCAACACAGGGCUGUCUCUGUUUGGGCUGCCCUGGAUCCAUGCUGCCUACCCCCACUCUCCGUUGCACGUACGGGCUCUGGCUUUGGUGGAGGAGCGAGUGGAGAACGGGCACAUUUAUGAGACGAUCGUGAAUGUGAAGGAGACGCGGCUGACCACACUGGGUGCCAGCGUCCUGGUGGGGUUCUCCCUCCUGCUGCUGCCCUUCCCACUGCAGUGGAUCCCCAAGCCUGUGCUGUACGGCCUCUUCCUCUACAUCGCACUCACCUCCAUUGACAGCAACCAGCUCUUCGAGCGCAUGGUUCUGCUGCUCAAGGACCAGACCUCAUACCCACCCACCCACUACGUCCGGAGGGUGCCGCAGAGGAAGAUCCACUACUUCACAGGCCUGCAGGUCCUGCAGCUGCUGCUGCUCUGUGCCUUUGGCAUGAGUACCCUGCCCUACAUGAAGAUGAUCUUUCCUCUCAUCAUGAUCGCCAUGAUCCCCAUCCGCUACAACCUGCUGCCCCGAAUCAUUGAAGCCAAAUACUUGGACGUCAUGGAUGCUGAGCACUGAGGCCUUGACUGGAUGGCCCUGGCCAUACCCCAUUAGCCCGACCCUCCUGGUCUUCCCAGUCUGGCUCUAUGGCAGUGUGGGGAAGUAUCUUUUGGGGUGUCACUCUGUGCUACACCCCCUAACAGCUGUCCCCACAAGCCUAGGGCAUCUGGGCAUUUGGUGGUGUGUACGCCUUCCCAUCUCCCCGUUAGCCUUUUACUUGAGGUUAAGAACACUGCUCAGGGCAGCUUCUGCCCAGAGUGGGACUAAGCUGACGGAUUUUCUUUUGAUAAAAGAGUCAGAUGCCUGAAAGAGAAACCAUUUCCUUGAUUGUGUAAGGAACUCGCUGUAUGCACAUUAGAGAAUAAAGCUCCUGUUUCUAUGCUUCUA